AUGAAGCCAUCAACAAUAACAUCAUCUCCAAUUUACAUCAAGAUUCGUGUUAAUGAUCAACCAACGGAAGCAAUUGUUGAUACCGGUUCCGCCAUCUCAAUCAUUCAUUUAAAUUUUCUUAAAACUAUUCAUCACAAAAAUUUUAUUUAUAACAAUUAUACAUGUCAAACAGCAAAUUCAACACCACUUAAUAUAAUCGGUCAAAUUAAAUUAGAAAUAAAAAUUAAAUCAAUAACCACUUAUGUCGUUGCUCAUGUUGCAACAAAUUUAAUUACAUCAAUAGUAUUAGGAAAUGAUUGGAUUAAUUCGAAUCAUGUUCACCUUUAUGGUGACCAGAAACAAUUAACUAUACCUAAUCAACAUGAUCAAUUAAUUUUAAUUCCAUAUGUGCAACCAACAUGCAUUAAUUAUCCAGCAUUAUUAGUUCAACAAAUUACUCUUCCACCAUAUUCACAAAAAUUAGUUGAUAUUACAUGUCAAGUUACUAAUGCUAAUAAUCUUAUAUUUGAACCNGCAAAUUAA